AUGGAAUCUGGGAGAAGGGGAUGGAAUCUGGGAGAAGGGGAUGGGAUCAGGGAGAAGGGGAUGGAAUCAGGGAGAAGGGAUGAAAUCAGGGAGAAGGGGAUAGAAUUUGGGAGAAGGGGAUGGAAUCUGGAGAAGGGGAUGGAAUCUGGGAGAAGGGGAUGGAAUUGGGAAAAGGGGAUGGAAUCUGGGAGAAGGGAAUGGAAUGGGAGAAGGGGAUGGAAUCUGGGAGAAGGGGAUGGAAUCUGGGAGAAGGGGAUGGAAUCUGGGAGAAGGGGAUGGAAUCUGGGUGAAGGGGACGGAAUCUGGGAGAAGGGGAUGGAAUUUGGGAGAAGGGGAUGGAAUUUGGGAGAAGGGGAUGGAAUUUGGGAGAAGGGGAUGGAGUCCGGGAGAAGGGGAUGGAAUCUCGGAGAAGGGGGUGGAAUCAGGGAGAAGGGGAUGGAAUCCGGGAGAAGGGGAUGGAAUCUGGGAGAAGGGGAUGGAAUCCGGGAGAAGGGGAUGGAAUCUGGGAGAAGGGGAUGGAAUUUGGGAGAAGGGGAUGGAAUCUGGGAGAAGGGGAAGGAAUCUGGGAGAAGGGGAUGGAAUCUGGGAGAAGGGGGUGGAAUCUGGGAGAAGGGGAUGGAAUCCGGGAGAAGGGGAUGGAAUCUGGGAGAAGGGGAUGGAUUCCGGGAGAAGGGGAUGGAAUCUGGGAGAAGGGGAUGGAAUCAGGGAGAAGGGGAUGGAAUCUGGGAGAAGGGGAUGGAAUCAAGGAGAAGGGGAUGGAAUCUGGGAAAAGGGGAUGGAAUCAAGGGGAAGGGGAUGGAAUCUGGGAGAAGGGGAUGGAAUCUGGGAGAAGGGGAUGGAAUCUGGGAGAAGGGGAUAGAAUCAGGGAGAAGGGGAUCGAAUCUGGGAGAAGGGGAUGGAAUUUGGGAGAAGGGGAUGGAAUUAGGGAGAAGAGGAUGGAAUCUAGGAGAAGGGGAUGGAAUCUGGGAGAAGGGGAUGGAAUCUGGGAGAUGGGGAUGGAAUGUGGGAGAAGGGGAUGGAAUGAGGGAGAAGGGGAUGGAAUCUCGGAGAAGGGGAUGGAAUCAGGGGGAUGGAAUGAGGGAGAAGGGGAUGGAAUCGGGGAGAAGGGGAUGGAAUCGGGGAGAAGGGGAUGGAAUCUGGGAGAAGGGGAUGGAAUUUAGGAGAAGGGGAUGGAAUCUGGGAGAAGGGGAUGCAAUCAGGGAGAAGGGGAUGGAAUCGGGGAGAAGGGGAUGGAAUCUGGGAGAAGGGGAUGGAAUCUGGGAGAAAGGGGUGGAAUCAGGGAGAAGGGGAUGGAAUUCGGGAGAAGGGGAUGGAAUCUGGGAGAAGGGGAUGGAAUCCGGGAGAAGGGGAUGGAAUCUGGGAGAAGGGGAUGGAAUUAGGGAGAAGGGGAUGGAAUCUGGGAGAAGGGGAUGGAAUCUGGGAGAAGGGGAUGGAAUCUGGGAGAAGGGGGUGGAAUCUAGGAGAAGGGGAUGGAAUCCGGGAGAAGGGGAUGGAAUCUGGGAGAAGGGGAUGGAUUCCGGGAGAAGGGGAUGGAAUCUGGGAGAAGGGGAUGGAAUCCGGGAGAAGGGGAUGGAAUCUGGGAGAAGGGGAUGGAUUCCGGGAGAAGGGGAUGGAAUCAGGGGGAAGGGGAUGGAAUCUGGGAGAAGGGGAUGGAAUCUGGGAGAAGGGGAUGGAAUCUGGGAGAAGGGGAUAGAAUCUGGGAGAAGGGGAUAG